CCAUCAUCUUUUACCUCAUCGACUGCUUGAAUCAUUCUACCAAUCUUCCAGCCCCCCGCCUGAUGGAUCCACACUGUUGGGUCGGAUACUAACCCCGCGCCUAGCGCACCGUGAUCGGAAGUUGUUCUUUUCUUUUUUUUUCUAUCGACUAUCGCAGGAUUGGAGUGAUUUGCGUCGAGUCAGAUUGGGGAUCCAGGGCCAGCCACCAGUUUUUGAGAGCAUUGCAAUCUCCAUCGAGACCCAAACGGGGUUCUAUAAAUACAUAUACUACCGAUCGUGGGAUUCGUGCUCGAAUCCCAUCUCUCAGUCUCAUCCUAUUCCAUCCAUUCACCUCCAUUCAUCCACCUUUCCCCGCCAACCCGCAGUCCGCCACAACACUCCUGAUCCUAACCCGACUUCCCUAUCAACAUAAGCAUCACGACUAUCACAACCUAUUCCAAGCAAUUCCUCCGAGAGCUCACACCAUCCCCGUCUACCGUACUGCAGAUUAUCUCUUUCUGUCAAUAAUCUCCCGUGCGACCAACCUAAUCAGGAUCUAGCCCCACUGUUGGUUCCUCCUGCCCCCCGCACCUUGACCUUGUUGAUACCCUUCAAACGGAACCGACCCUGUUCCUGUUCCUAUUCCUAUUUUCAUACCUCGUCUUGGCAUCCCCGAUAGUUCGGGUGCUCAGGGCCGCCCAUCACAUUGGCGGGAUCCUCGGGCGACAGGGAGCUGGGCUAUAAUAAGUAUCAGUCAUCCCGGCACGAGUUUCCCCCGGGGAGGCGUGACGUGCUCUUUGUGGCCUACAGCUGAUCAGCGGUGUACGGAGAUUCCAGUCCGGAUUUCUCUUACUCCUCUCUGUAUCUUCUGGCUGUGGGUGAAGAGGGGAACUUACACUCCUUCAUAUUGUUUCCCUUGGAUCAACCCGUUCAGUGUCUAGACGAUACAUUCCUAGGCACAUCCAUAUGUUGGCAAGAUGUCGUUGAAGCAAGAGAUAGAAACAUGGGUGCAAGCCCUGGAUGCAUACGACAAUCAGGAGUUCGAAGAGGCUUUACGGCACUUUGAUCAGAUUGCAGAUACUUCCAAGAUCCUCUUCAAUUGCGGAGUGAUCUAUGCAACACUCGGAGAACACGAUAAAGCAGUAGAGUGUUAUCAACGAGCUGUCGGGCUGGACCGAUAUCUAGCGAUUGCCUACUUCCAGCAGGGUGUAUCAAACUUCCUGUUAGGUGACUUUGAAGAGGCAUUGGCCAAUUUCAACGACACUUUGUUAUAUUUGCGUGGAAAUACUUCUAUUGACUAUGAGCAGCUGGGUCUUAAGUUCCGCUUGUACUCAUGUGAGGUUUUGUUCAACCGUGGACUAUGUUAUGUCUACCUCCAGCAGAUGGUCCCCGGCAUGCAGGAUCUCUCAUACGCGGCCAAGGAGAAAGUCACGUCAGACCAUGACGUGAUUGACGAUGCUAUUCGUGAAAAUGCAGAUGGAUAUACCGUAUUCUCAAUUCCCGUGGGCGUGUUAUACCGCCCCAAUGCAGCAAAGGUCAAAAACCUCAAGAGCAAGGACUACCUAGGCAAGGCCCGGCUAGUCGCCGCAUCAGAUCGAUCCCAAGGCGCAGACCACCAAUGGCGGCCCAUGAUCAUCGACAAAGGCGCACUCGAGGACCGUGAAGGCGUCUCCUGGGCGGCCACAAACCUCGUCCACAAAGGCAUAAGCAGUCGCACCCGUCAGCAAUCUGAACCACCCCUUAAUCGCAAUGUCUUUCCUCCAACACCUCCCCCAGAUGACCGAUCAACAAGCAAUGGCUCUGUGGCGGGCUCCUCACACCACCGAUCCUCCUCCCUCCGAAUGGGCCGGCCACCUCGACUCGACCUCGAACGCACAGGAGCCAGCCUCGACCGUAGAGCCCCGGGGCAAGAGUCUGCCCCUACUGCAGAAAAGCCACGCAUUGGAACGACACGCACCGCAUCGGAGCCCCGAGGCCCAGCAUCUCGACACCAGAACAUGCGUGGCUUCGGUGAACCCAGCCGUGGGGCAUGGUCCCAAGGUCACCGCAGAAACCUCAGCGACACCAGCUCGAAUCCCACCCCGAACCCCUACUUCAACUUCCCCGAACAGCCCGAAUACGCCCACCCAGACUCACACACCUACGCCAGUCCCGCCAACCUCUCCAGUGCAGGCUGGGGUCGCGGCCGCCACCAACCACCAGCCUUCAUCGACGAAGAAGACGAAUACGGCAGCGACGCAUGCGACGGCGAACCCAUCAAAGACGGCUCUUUCGAACUCCUCGGCACCGCGCCUGGUGGUCCUGGCUCCUCACCCGCGCAAAGUAUGCAACAACGUCGCACACGAUCUCCAGCGCGAUACUCGCGACGAGCGAACUCGCGGCGGCCGGAGGUGCGGCGGUUCCGGACCAAGGUGCAUGCGCCGGAUGAUAUUCGGUAUAUCAUGAUCGGGCCGACGGUGGAGUUUGCGGAGUUUGAGGGGAAGAUUCGGGAGAAGUUUGGGUUUCAGGGUGGGUUGAAGAUGAGGGUGCAGGAUGAUGGGGAUAUGAUCACGAUGGUUGAUCAGGAGGAUUUGGAUUUGUUGUUGGCUAGUGCGAGGGAGGUGGCGAGGAGGGAAGGGAGUGAGAUGGGGAAGAUGGAGGUUUGGGUGGAAGAACGAUUGAUGAUUUGA